CUCUCUCCCUUCCUCAGCCUCAGCAGUCCCCACACUGGAGCAGAAAGCUGGUGCAGUGUUGAUCCAUACACGCACGUGUCUUGUCUUUCAGGGGCUACCAGCAUUCUUCGAGAACGCCCAGCGCUAGAGUUUGCACGGGUGUUGCAAGGCUGAUCCGCGCAGGAAUGCGCGCGUGAACCUCUUUUGUGCUGAGGAGCAUGUGCACUGAGUGAAAGACACAGCGAGGAUGCGUGGUGGGCAGGAUCUGUCGUGAUCGGUGGAGUUUGUGGUGUACAAUACUUGUGCUGCCCGUCCUCCCCUCCCUCCAGUUCGGCUGUCUGGCGAGGACCAACAACAGCGUCCUGCUGGGAUGUCCACCUCACCUGGUGCAAGAGAUGGAAGCCAAAGGAGCUCCUUGGAGCUGGACGUGGAGCACUCGCAGAAAGCCCCCGGAGCCGAACAAGGAGGGGCCCCGACACCCCAGGUGAAGCUGAAAGAGAGACAGAAGUUCUUCGAGGAGGCCUUUCAGCAAGACAUGGAGCAGUACCUGUCCACUGGCUACCUGCAGAUCACCGAGAGGAGAGAGCCAAUAGGCAGCAUGUCGUCCAUGGAGGUGAACGUGGACAUGCUGGAGCAGAUGGAUCUGAUGGACAUGUCUGACCACGAGGCGCUGGACGUGUUCCUGCACUCCGGUGGAGAGGACAACAGCGCCGCCUCACCUGUCAAAGGUCCAGAUGUUGAGUCCUUCACGACCGAGAUCAGCCUCCAGGUUCCCACCCAGGCCGAGCUCCGGCACAAGCUGUCGUCCCUGUCGUCCACCUGCACCGACUCGGCCAGCCAGGACACGGAGGCCGGGGAGGACGAGGAGGAGGAGGAGGAGGCGGAGCAAGGAGGAGGUGGUGUCGGAGGAAGGAGAGGAAAGCCCCCCGUAGUAGUGACCCUGGAUGAAGAGGAGGUCCAUGCAGACACUCUGCUGGUGGACCGAGAGGAUCAGGAAGAUCAGAGCAGUCGAGACUGUGAGGAAAGGAGGCAGCAGGUUUGAGGAGAGUCGGACUUGAUUUGAAGGGUAAACCCUCACAGCUGCCAAAUCAAACCUAGAUAUAUAUUCUAUUCUAUUUAUUGACUCUUAUUCCCAAAAAAAAA